AUGCGGAAAAGAGCAAUGAAGCUGAAGACCGACCUUUUAGUCCAGCCUACGGGAGAAAUUUCAAAGAAGAUUAGAGAAGAACUGAAGGAAGACCUUAGCACUCGGUAUCGAGAUCUGGCAGCCAUCAAGGAAUGGCUCCGAAAGCAACCACAUCUACCCGAUGAAUGGGAGGACAUGCCACUGAUGACUUUCCUCCGAGGCAGCAGUUUCUCGCUGGAGAAGUGCAAGAGGAAACUGGACAUGUACUUCACCAUGCGUUCUGCAUGUCCGGAGUUCUUCUCCAAUCGCGACGCAUCCAGCCCAGAGCUCAAAGAGAUCUUGAAAGGAAAACUGCAAGGUCCACCUCUCCCAGGUGUAACUCCGAAUGGUAGAAGAGUCACAAUUUGCAGAGGUAUUCACCCGAGUGUGGAUGGGCAGCAAAUCACCGACACCUUAAAGCUAGCGCUGAUGGUUGGUGACGUACGUCUCAUAGAGGAAGUGGAGGGAGUCGCUGGCGACAUCUAUGUGCUGGACGCAGCUGUGCUCGGGCCUAGCCUCCUUGCCCGUCUUUCUCCCACCGUGAUCAAGAAAUUCAUGAUCUGCGUUCAGGAGGCAUAUCCAGUAAAAUUGAAGGAGAUACACAUUAUAAAUACGUCGCCUAUAGUUGAAAGGUUCAUCACCUUUGUGAAACCUUUCUUGAAGGAUAAGAUAAGAAAGAGGAUCUUCAUUCAUAGAGAGCUAAAGGAUUUGUACAAGUACAUUCCUCAGGAAAUGUUGCCGGAGGAAUAUGGUGGCCAGUGUGGCACAAUGGAAGAACUCCAAGACCAAUGGACCCAGAAGCUGAUCGAAUACCGCGAUUGGUUUAAAUCACAAGAUGCUUUGAAAGCAAAUGAAAACCUGAGACCUGGAAAGCCGACCAACUACGACGAACUGUUCGGUAUCGACGGCUCGUUUAGACAACUGGCCAUUGAU